AUGCUCAUCGAUCAUGAUGUCAAUAUCAAUUUGGUACCAUACAUAGCACCUCCUGGUGAGGAAGGAGCAGACCUUAGCUAUGAAGGUGGUGAGUAUGAGGCCUUUGAGGGAAUAGCUCAGCAAGUGGCUGACAUUUCUGGCUGCCGCUAUGUGGAUCCGCGCACCCACAAGGACCGCAUUGACAUCCAGAAUGCAAAUUGGACCAUUCAAAUGGAAUGUCUCGUCAAAGCUUACUUGGACUAUUGUACUUGGGAUCAUGGUGAUGGCAUGCCCAGCGCUCCAAAUGAGGAUGAACCCAUACACAAUCAUUUGGACACACUAACUCUUCAGAAUAUUGAACUUGUGGAUAUAUUCAGUGAUUUCUUUUUUUUUCUUCGCGCCUCUGUGCAGCCUCAACCCUUCCACAACUUUCCGAAUGAAAGUCUUAUCUACCACGGCUACCUAGGCUGCUCCCCACUUCACCCAACUGUCGCUGUUUCCCUGCGCACACUUGCUGUUUAUCGACAAUCUCAUAGGACCUGCCCCCGAUUUAGCAUACAAGGGCAGUGCAAGAAUUUGUGUCACCUUCACAAUGUAUGA